AUGCAAGGCACUGAUGCUUACAAGGAUCACGCUCUACAGACAACGCAUUACACACGCCUGUGUGAUGAUGAUGAUGAUGAUGAUGAUGAUGAUGAUGAUGAUGAUGAUGACUACCCUCCAGCACAAGUAUUUGCCGUCUGUCCGAAAGACGAGACUUGUAGUGGUGUUCAGGGCGCAUUUCGACCAUGGAAAACACUGAUCGUUUUUUUGUGA